AUGGAACUCACCCGCCGGGAUGUGAUCCUCGCCUGCAUCGCUGCCUUCAUAGCCUGGGGAUAUGUUACCCAUUGGGCGCCGUCGCUACGCUAUGUCCCUCAGGCCUUUCUCGCAGGCGUCGCUAUCACGGUAGCCGCGGCCGUCUACCUGAUUGUCUCGACCUCGCGCUCUCCCGAACAUGCGAAUCCUCGCCCCCUCCGCCCGCCGCAGCAUGUGGCCUUCGUGUCGCCGCAAGCCUGGAAGGCCGAAACCGCCGCUUUGAAAAGCCGCUCCCUUUACCGCCGCGAGCCGUUGUACCCGCCCUCCUUCGUCAUAUCCGACCACCUCGAUAACCUCCUCGACCUCAUACUCCGCGACUUCGUGCAGAGCUGGUAUGGCCAGAUCAGUCCGCGCCCGACCUUCACAAACGAGGUCGAUCGCGCCAUCCGCGCCGCCCUGGGCAACAUCCGGGACCGGCUGCUGGAAGUGGACUUGGUGGAAAUCGCCAUAUCGCGCGCCGUGCCCAUGAUCACAACCCACAUGCGAGACUUCUAUGAAGCCGAGCGUAUCGUGCGCGGCAGGAAGCUGUCUCGCGACGUGACCGAGUCGGAGGAACUUGACAAUGCCAUCGCUGCCAAGUAUCGCGAUGGCAAGCUGCACCCCGCCGCCUCCCUCUCGUACACGAAUCCGAAGUCUGUGCAGCAGCAACACCUCCGUGGCAUCGUGGAGAGACUCCUUCCCCAGGUGUUGCCGCGCAACAUGCGGACGAGUCAAGCUGUGAACACUUUGAUCAAGGAAAUCGUUGCUUGCGCAGUUCUCUUCCCCGUCGUCGGGAUGCUUGCCGACCCGGAUACCUGGAAUCAAAUCAUGGAGGGCUAUGGACGUACGCUUCUGCACGACAGAAAGACAGUGCGGAAACUCCGCGCUGCUCUGGAUGAGCAUGCGCCCGUCUCUCCAAAAUUGCCCAAGGCUGCUCCGUUCCCGCGUCUGGCUCCUGGCGAUAAUGAAAGAAAUUUUGAGCGCUUCAUCCGCGCCAUUCGCCAGUGCAAUUCUCUCUCCGAUGCUCGCCGAUUCAGAAGCGAGAUAGCCAGCCAGCUCAAAAAGGAGUCCGCGAUUGAAGGUCAGGAUCCCCUGUACAUGCGUCGCCUUGAGACGGCUAGGAGAAUACUGGACCAGCGCGUCGUCCAACUGAGCACGGGAAGCGGAGCCAAGCAGAAGCCCGCCAUGCCGCCAAAUCUCGUUCGUAGAGAUUCUAGGCUGGAGAACGCAAACCUCCGACAUGUCUUGUACGACGCCUCUGGCCUUUCAUACUUCAUGGAGUUCAUGGAUCGGCAGGGGCUUAUGCGCCUGGUCCAAUUCUGGAUCGUGGUUGACGGCUUUCGUGACCCUCUUGAAGAAGACACGGGGGACACAGAUGACGCGAAUCUCGAUCUCUCCUGGGGCGCUUCUGAGCGCGCUGAUCUCGCACAGAUCUACGAAGCUUACCUCACCAAGCCUGAGCUUGCGGUACCUGAUGGCACGCGCCGGGUUGUUGACGAUUUUUUGAAAGCAGGAAAAAGGGCAACAAGUGCCCAAUAUCUCGCUGCUAGGCGUGCAGUGCUAGAAGUUCAGUCAUCAGUAUAUCACAAGAUGGCAGACCGUCAUUUUGCACGCUUCAAGCGGUCCGAUUUGUGGUUCAAGUGGUUGGCAUCAGACGAGGCAUCUGCUCUCUCGAAAAGCCCUCCCGGAGCUCCGGUUCUGGGUCAAACGAUGGGCACUGCGCCAUUGCCAUCGAAGCCGCCUGCAUUUGCUCGCACAAUGUCAUCGCAAUCUGCAGACCUCCGAAGGGCAGCAGUUUCUACUUCAGAUCUGAAGAACAUCAAGUCACUCCAGGGCCCAACAGCACCCGCGCGAAGAUCCUUGGAUGAUUCCGGACGGCCGCCUCUGUUUGACGACGAUAUUGAGCCAGAUCCGAUGGCCAACUCGUUCCAAAGCGUGGAUUCUGACUUUGAAUCCUAUCGGCCAAAUGGAGAUAACUCUCAGAUCGUGGACGCGAUGCAGGAGGCCUUGGAGGACAUUAUGGAAAAUGAUGCAGAUCGGGAUUCCCUCUUCUCCGAUGGACCAAAAUCAGCGCAAGACAACGAAUCGCUACGAGGCUCAUUCGAAAUCACCCGGACAAGCUCUCCAGCUGUACCGAAUAAGGAGAGAGAGAGACCAAGCAUAACCUCUCUCGGUCUCGUUGGGGCACCCACCACCAGAGGCGUGUUUUCAGACAACCUCUUUGGCGACGAAGAAAAGUUUCCGGAGGAUGAGAGAGAAGAUCCGGAUGCAGACGACAAAAAUCUGGAAGACGAGAUUCACGAAGCUGCUCCAGGAGAUUUAGGACUAGCUGAAGCUAUCGAUGCUUUGACACAAGAUCUUGACCGGCUCGUCAACCAGGAAUCCAUCGUAGAUUCUCUGACCAAAAAGGCAGAGCUCACUAACAACGCGGCAGAGUUGAGGAUCCUCAAGAAAUCAAAGGCAAGCCUGCAACGAGAAAUCCAUCGAAAAGAGCUUCAACGCCAGCAGUAUGUCGUUCAAGAGAGCGACAACAGCCUGUACGGAAGAGCAACGGUAUCGAUUCAAUCAAUCAUGGUCGGCAAGGAAGAGGAUGGCACAGAGUAUGCUUUGUAUGUCAUUGAGGUCCGCCGACAGGCAGGAGAACAGAUGCCAGCUGCCGCGUGGGUAGUGGCAAGGCGUUAUAGUGAGUUUCACGAACUCAACAAGCGCCUCCGGUCGAAAUACCCCAUGAUUCGGAACCUUGAGUUUCCGCGUCGACAAAUGGGUCUUCUCAAGCUGCAAAAAGACUUCCUCCAGAAGCGUCGAGUUGCUCUGGAGAAGUGGCUUCGCGAGCUCCUACUCAUCCCGGCAAUAUGUCGAAGUCGCGAACUUCGAGCGUUCCUGUCGCAACGAGCCAUCUCCCCAUCCGAUCCAUCGGACUCUCAAGCCGAGACCAAAGACUUCGUGUCUCGAAUCUACAGUUCUGUCAGCGACGGCAUGGAGGAGUUCAUCGGCAAUAUUCCAGUCCUCGACCAGCUCUCCCUCGCAGGGCAGAACCUCAUAUCAGCCGCGACAACACAACUGAACAAUGGCAGUAGCGGUGGUGUCCUUGGGCCAGCCGCAGCGGCCAGUGCCGCACUUGCCAACGACCCUCAGGCUGCAGCCGAGGCGGAGGCAGAGCUGCGCGCGUACGAGAACCAGCAACUGGAGCCACUGAUCAAGCCCAUCUGCGACCUCUUCCUCGAGGUCUUCGAGCUUAACCGCGAGAGCAACUGGCUGCGUGGCCGCGCCGUGGUCGUUGUCCUGCACCAGCUGCUCGGUGGCACCAUCGAGCGCAAGGUGCGCGAGAACGUAAAGGCGCUGACGCAGGAAGACGGCAUUGUCAAGUACAUCAGCACGCUCCGUGACUCGAUGUGGCCGCCCGACAACGGUGGACAGAUGGUGCGCGACAAGCCACCGCGGACGGAGGCGCAGAAGGCGAAGAGCAGGAAGGAGGCCUGCCUCAUGCUAGCCACGCUCAUCCCUGACCUGGCCGGCAGCGUUGUCGGCCGCGCCAAUGCGCAGGCAGCGAGCAGACGCAUGCUGGCGACGAUGAACAACCAGCGGUUGAAUACCCACCUCGUCUACUCGUUGCUCGACGAAAUUGUGCAAAUAAUUUUUGGAGUAUGA